UUCUGGAUUAUUGAAAGAGACGUGGCAUAUCGUAGUGUUCUUACAUUUAAAAUAUUUCACAAGUUUUUUUCUGUAAAAUAACACUAAAUACAAAUUAAUAUUGCCAUAGAAUAGAGGAAAUAUUUAUCUUUGACACAACAGUAUCGUUCAAGAUGAAGAUUUACUUCAGCAUCAGUAUCGUCAUAUUGUACUUGCAUGUUGCCACUCGUGCUGAUGGGCCAGACGGCAAUGCUGAGAGCAGUACUGGUAGUGGUAUUGCUUCUACUCUCCUAUCUACUGUUUCAUCCCAUCUUACAGAAGCUUCACCUGACACACCCAAAGAAGAAGGAACUGAGAUACCUAGUGUGGCUGAUUUUACUUCUUUCGUCCAAAAAGUUGGCGACUUAGUUAACAAUCCGUCCAUGAACACUUUAAUUCCUCUUGCAAAGGAUGGAGCUAGAGUAUUAGCUAAAUCAAAAACCCUUAUCAUUACUGCAAAAGGGUUUGCAGUUAAAGCAGCACAGAGUGACGCGACAAAAUCAGCUGUCAAUGUAGCAAUGAAAUCCGCAAAAGUAGCAGUGAGUAGUGCAGUAUCCGGAGUGAAAUUCUUGAGGAGUACUACCCAGAAUAAAAAGGAAGAGGAUGCAGUGGUUACCGCUAAGAAGGAAACUGGCACUAACUCACAGGAAGCUUUAAACCAAAUGUCCAACAGUGAAACAACUGCUAACGUGAAGACAAAGGCAGUAGAACAGGAAAAUGCACACACACCAAGAUCAAUAGAAUCUGAAAAAAAUAAUUUGGAAGCAAAGGAACAGGUCAGAAGUGAAACUGAACUGAAAAAAGAUGCGCAUGAUAAAUCAAAAGUUGGAAACAAUAAAGUCACAGCUGCUGGGAAUUCUGAUGGCCCUGAAAAUGUUAAGAAAAAUCCAACAGUAGAGCGGACAAUGUCUCAAGGAAAAAGUUCUGCAGGAUCAGCAGAACACAAAUUGGAGGGAUCAAAAGAAGAGAAAUCAGAGGUGUCAGGUACAGACAAAUCUGAGGCAAAGGUUCAAGAGGGGGUUAGUGGUGAAAAUAAACCAACAAAAAAAGCAGAUGAGGACACCACAGCUGGGAAUUCUGAUGGCCAUGCAAAUGGUAAGAAAAAUCCCACAGUAGAACAGGCAGUUUCUCAAAGAAAAAGUUCUGGAGGAUCAGCAGAACACAAAUUGGAGGGAUCAAAAGAAAAAGAGAAGUCAGCGGCAGAAAAAUCUGAAUCAAAGGAUCAAAAGGGAAAGGUUAGCGGUGAAAAUAAACCAAUAAAAGGAGCAAAUGAGGAAACUACAGCUGGAAAAUCUGGUGGCGCCACAGCUGGAAAUGGUGGUGAAGACAAAGCAAAUGGAAAUCGUGGACAUCAUCAUUCUCAUCACAGGAAAAAAGAUUGCUAAAGGCACAACAGCAAGAAACUCUGAGGGCACACCUUUGAAACAUUCUUGUUGCAUAGCUUUCAGAUGAUUUAUUAAAACUCGAUUAAAAUUC